AUGGGGGGAGAGAGAGGGAGGGGGUGAGUUGCCUCGUUCGAAAGGGACUGAAAUGUCCUUCAUAUAAACCGGUGACAAAGUGGCGAGCAGCGGCCACACAGACAGCAGGAGACCGAGCACCGAGCAGCCGCUAGAUCCGCAGCGACACACCGGGGAGAAACACCCGAGAGGAAGCAACUAAUCCGGAGCAUUCAUCACAACACCGACAGACCUGUGAUUGGCUGUAGAGAUGGGUGUCACCUCUCGUCCACUGCUAUUGGCUGGAGCUUAUCUGUUGGCCGCUCUGAUUGGUGGAGCCCACUCAGAGGGGGUGUGUCUUCAAGACGCUAAGCACAAGGCCACGCCCAGUCCAGAGCCCAACCUGACGGAGUGUGGGCUGUACGCUGACAACAGCUGCUGCACAGAAGAAGACAUUCCGGACGUCUCCCAUGUUCCCUCGGCUCUCAACAAGAACAAACCCUGGGACAAGUGCGGUCCUCUGAGCUCUGAGUGUGAAGGUUUCCUGAAGCGAGUGUCAUGUUUCUACCGCUGCUCUCCGGACGCCGCGCGCUGGCCUCACCCUCAGAGACGCUCCUACAUCCAGGCGGUGCCGCUCUGCCACAGCUUCUGCAGGGACUGGUUUGACGCCUGCCGGAUGGACAUGACGUGCGCUCGUAACUGGGCCAGAGACCCCCGGGGACAGAACUGCACUGGAACCUGUGUGUCCUAUCAGCAGAUGUACCAGCACGGCAGGGACCUGUGUGAGAGUCUGUGGGGCGACGCCUUCCUGUCGGUGGAGGACGAGCCUGAAGACGCAGGAGAAACUGGAGGUGAAGGUGAAGGCGGGCGUCCGUGCGGCUGCCUGACCCUCAGCCCCUCAGAUAAAGAUGUGAUGGCCGCCCUCAGGGCUCAGCAGGACGACCCCGAGGAGCUGGACACCACCAAGACGGGCCUGCCUCAAUACCGCGCCCCGUGCCAGACCAAGCUGCCCCCCCAGGCCCGAGGGAACAGGAAGGGGAACUCGGUGCUGCGCAAACGCUCACUGGUGGUCGACGACGUGGAGGGGAGUGGAAGCGGCUUGUAGAGAAAGAGAGAUAUAUAUAUAGGGAUUACUGUGUAUCGAUCUGUCUCUAGAAAAUGGAGUCGCUCCUCUAACUAACUCAUAGACACACACUGUCCUCAUCGUUCUACAUUUAAUCAAUGGUUUUAAAUAACAUCUGGUGUAGGAUAGACACUAACAACCAGGAUUUUCAGCCAGGAUUUAAAACCAUUAAAGGUGCGUUCACACCGGAUGCUAAGCUAAUAUUAGCAUCGCUUUGACCAUUUGUGUUUACUAACGUCACUCAAACUAGACGCGGUGGCGAGGAGGCGGGGCUUAUCUCCAUGUAGAUACCAACAACAACAAGAUAAACAUACAUACGUAAUACACAUAUCAAAGAGAUGUAACUACAUAUACAACACAGUCUCACGGCAUUUCGUGUUAUAGUCACGAAAUUAAUCUAUUGAUUCGUGUUCACCAACAUGAUUUCGCCAUUUUUUUCGUGUCACACAGAACGAUUUUAAAAGCAAUGUAAAUAAUAACAAAUUAGAAGGAAAAAGACAUUUUAAAAAAUACAGAUUUCAGUAU